AUGGGCUGCACCUCUGCAAAGCAGGUGUCUGCCGUGCCCAACGGUGAGGAAGGCCAGAACAAAGCCUACAGCAACGGGGACCUGUCCGAUGAGUACAAGAUGAAAGGAGUGGAGAAAGUCAAGUAUAUCAGUGGAGAGGAGGCCGGGGUGGACGGCCACGAUGGCACAGAGAAAAGUGCACUCCUUGGUAAAGCACAGCACACGGACGAAUCGGGAUCAAACGGGAAGAUUCUGAGCAUCCACUCCUCAGAGAGCCAGCAAGAAUUCUUCCGGAUGUUGGAUGAGAAGAUCGAAAAGGUAAAUUAG